AAUCUGGCACUUUGAAAAAUGGCCGUCCCAAAUGGCCUACCGUUUUUCGCAGUCUGUGUUGGUGUGUUACUAGUAACUUACUACAAAGACUUUGCGUUUUCUCACGAACCUCAGACUGUACAAAAAGAUAUUAAGGCACCAAAGUUGUCUCAGUUUGCUGGGCCAACUCUGAAGUUUUUGUUUUGUUCCUCCUGAGGUUACAGGAAAGUGUUUGAGCAGUAUGCUCAAGCACUGCAUGAGCGUUUCCCGGCACUGAUGAUUGUUGGCGACAAUUACCCGCCUCCAGUGCUCCAGGCAACAUUAGCUCAGGCCCUUGGCAUCAUUAAGUUUGUGUUGAUAGGUCUAAUUGUUACAAGCUAUAAUCCUUUUCCUGUGCUCAAUUUACAGACUCCAGGUAUAUUUACUUGGGCAAUUGAAAAUAAGAUGUAUGCUUGCCUUAUGUUAUUUUUUAUCUCAAAUGCAAUAGAGGGACAGUUAAUAUCUACAGGUGCUUUCGAAAUCUUGUUUAAUGAUGUCCCCAUUUGGUCAAAGCUGCAAACAGGACGCAUUCCAUCCCCCUCAGAAAUGAUUCAAAUGAUUGAAAACAAUUUGAGAUAUAUACCAACAUAGCAACUGUGAUGAAACAAGAAAUGGCAGUAUCCUGAAAUGUUUUGGAUACACAGUAAUUGCAGAUAGUCAAGUGGAAAAGGCCCAUGCAGACUUUGAUAGAAAUGACGGUGUCACUAUAAACAGCUCUGCUGCAUGUGAUAACCUGAUAAAACAUCAGAAGUCUCUUGGUCCUUGUCUCAAGCACAAUUUGUUCUUGCUGGUGUUUCCAAAAGAAGGCAGGGUAACCUGUCAUUGUGUAAGAAAGAGUGUGCGUGCGUGUGUGAUACAUGUAAGAUUAACUUACACUAAUUUAUUCAGUUUAUUAUUUUCCAGAAAAAUAAUUUAAGUGCAUUUGAGUUAUUUAGAUAUGUUUUGUAGAAAGGAUAGCUACUUAUGAAAGGAUACAAUUAUUCAGUUGAUUCUAUUAAUUGUUGACUGGUCUUUUGUAUUAAGGAUAUUUUACAUUACACAUCUAUAAAAAAAACUAAUGACAUGCCACAAUCAAUCAGUAUUUGAGAUAAAGAUUUAGACCAUCAAGAAAAUAAGAGUUGAAUCUGGCAAUUUGUUUUUAUUCUCAGAGUUUUGCAUUUGUAAUGUUUUUAUAAUGACCAUUGUUUUCUAAAGUUUAAGAACAAAAAUAAGCCACUUCAAAUAAAAAAAAUGAAUUAAAGUUGUAGAAAUUGAAAACAACUAAUAAUGUUAUUCGAUUAAAAUGGUGAAAUUCAACUUUUUAUGAAGGCAAUUAAAAAAAAACACCUCUAAUAAUUUUUUCAGCUUAUGUCAUAAUCUUCAAAGUGCUUACUUAAAAAGAGUACUAUCUUUAUUACAACUAUAACCAUUAAUUAUAUAUCGUAAACAUCUGAUACUUGGCUUUCUACAUCAUGUGCACCUCCAUAGUAGACAUCUCCCAACUACUGCACUUGUUUCCUGUUUUCAGGGGUAUCAUAUAAAAGUAUUGUCACUUACAGCAGAUUAAAUUUGAUCAUUUGAUGUGGAAAUUAAAUGCUAAAAACUAGCCAUUCAUUGGUUGGUUUACAGAACAAUUUAGAUUUGGUGUACUUUUUCGAGUAUACAUUUCAGGUUGUGUUUUAAAUCAAAACUUAGUAAACAAAACAGAUAAUUCUUAUUUGUACAGUAUCUUUUUCAUUAACUCCCAAGGAUCUUAAUCAUCUUUGUUUACCAUUGUUUAAAAACAUCUUCAUAUUUCAUUUUUUGGUGUUAAAUAUUCUUUGACAUGUUUGUAGCAUUUUAAAUAUGAAUAUUAUUGCAGGCAGUAAUAAAAUUGUGUGCAAGUAUUAAAACAAUUUCCCUUGUAAACUGACUUGUAAUUGUUCUGCUUGUUGCAGCAUAAACAAUCAGGAAGAAACCUAAGUAGAAAUCAUCUAUCAUUUUUUUUCAGCAGAAUGUUUGCAUAAAAUUCAACUUAUUAACAUUAAUCUUAAUAGAACAAAUUUGUAAAAACAAAAUUUAUUAAGGGCUAAAUUUUUAAAGCAGUUUUGUGAUAUUUAGUUGAAAUUGUGCUCUGUCUAGCCAAGUGUAUACUAGAUGUAGCAAGCCACUGUGUUGUAUUCUAGUCUGUAGAUCAGCUUGUUGUCAAUGUUUCUUAUCAGUAUAAUCUAUAAUCAGUUUUUAUUGAUGUGCAAAGAGUUAUCUUUUCUUUCUACUAUUAAACAGAUGGGCUUAGUUGAUUAAAAAUAUUUUGGGACUGGUUUCAAAGUGGAAAUUAAGUCAAAGAAAAUUUCCAGCUGAAAGAAAUUGUGAUCAAAUGGUUACCCUAAGGCCAUGUUACUAGAUUGUUUGCUGUUUUUUUGUUUUGGUAAAUGUUUUCAUACAUUAAAAAAAAAAUAAAAGAUUUUUUAAAACUC